AUGGGAGUUGGUUGCAGGUCCAAGCGGAGAUGGAAGAUGCACGUCCAAGCAGUUGCACAGAGAGAUGAGUUGCAGGUUGUUGCGGAGGUUGAGGAGGAUGACCUAGGGUGUUUUCGAUUCUACCCUACCGAAGAACAGCUUCUCUGUUACUACCUUACUAACAAGAACAGCUGCGGUAAGCUCCAUGAUCUUGAUCUCUCCCUUCCUUCUUCCGAUGCCGAUUUCUCGUCUUUUGGAUUCAAUAUGGUUCGGGAAAUCGAUUUGUAUGAUUAUGAACCUUGCGACCUCCCCGACAUUGCGUGCUUUCCUUACGGUCGCGGUGGUAGUAAGAAGCAUUGGUAUUGUUUUACGGAGAAGGUGUCGAGUGAGCGUAUGAAGCGGAAGGCCAGAGGUGGGUUUUGGAAGAGAAAGGGACCAGCACGGGAUGUACUGGGUGGAAAAGAUGGAACUGUUUUGGGGAAAAGGAAGACUUUUGAGUUCUACUGCAGGAAUUCGUCUCGUACAAUGAAGACUGAUUGGGUUCUCUAUGAGUAUGCCCUCGUCGACAAUCUCAAGGAUUCUUUUUCUCUAUGUCGAGUAUUCCUUAAAUCUUGUCCUGGAACUAAGAUCGCAGAUCGUGUUCCAUGUUCUUGCGCUGACAGAAGUAUUGCUGCAAUGCGUGACAUUGAUGUGGAUGUUCCUUAUAAACAACAUUAUGGAGUCUCAACAUCUGGCAUUGGUGAAGUAUUAGUGCCUGCAGAUACUUCUGAUGAAGGUUUUCGG